AUGGCGUGCCGGGACCUAGAUCUCUUGCCUUCCCCCAUUACUAAGUUGUCAUACAACUACAUCCUGUUUCAAGAAUUAAUAAAGCAGCGCAGCCCCGGCUGGUGGCAGCGGCAAAGGGGGGAGGGGGGGCGGCCCUACCUUCCCACAGUUGCCAUCCUGCAGCCCACUGAGCGGGAUGGUUUAGCGGAGCUUGUGGUCCGCGGGGGCCUGGAGCGGCCAGGGAGGGCUCCGGGGGCCAUCACCACUGGUUGGAUCUCUGGAUUGGGCCCCGGAGGCCAGGCCGGGCCGGGCCCUGGAGGAGGAGCAGCCAUGGCAAGGCGCUCGGGCCAGGCCGUGCUGGAUGAGUUGCCGGCCCCCAGGGAGAAGACGGCGCUGCUGGCAAACCGGGGCGGUAUCGAGGGCCUUUUUGGGGUGUCCCUCAUGGUGCUAGGCCCACCUGACACCCCCAUACCGCUGCCCACACCCAGCUGCAUCUGGCUUCAGCUCAGUGGGGCAAAGGAGGCCUUCUGUAGCGCCAAGGAAUUCAUCAAGGGAAUCUGUGAACCUGAAUUAGAAGAGAAAGAAUGUUAUCCAAAGGACAUGCACUGUAUUUUUGUAGGGGCACAGAACCUGUUUCUUAAGAGUUUGAUCCAGGAUACAUGUGCUGAUCUGUCUAUUCUGGACGUUGGUGUGCUUAGUAUCAGAGGUGGUGCUGAGGCUGUUGUUAUGGCCAGAAGUCACAUACAGCAAUUUGUGAAGCUCUUUGAAAAUAACAAGAGUCUACCAAGUACUCAGAACGAAUCAGAGGUGAAAAAGCAAUUUAAACAAUUUGUUGAGUCACAUGCAGAUAAAUAUACAAUGGACUUGUUGAUUUUACCCAGUUCAUUGAAGAAAGAACUCCUAAAUCUUACCCAUGGUGAAGAUCCAAAUGAAUUAGAUUAUGAUGAUAAUGAUAUUAUUGAUCUUAGAGAUCAUACAAUAGAAUUUACACACAAUGGCAUCCAAGAGAUGAACGUGUCCAGUGAUGGUCAAACUUUUCAGGAGGAUGAAAGGAAGCAAGCAGGGACCCCUGUUUCUGAGCUUACAAAACAAAUGGACACAGUUUUUUCUGUUUCCAAAGAAAGGAUAUGUCACAAAAGGAGAUCUUCUGAUACUGAAGAAAGGCACACAAAGAAGCAGUUUUCAUUGGAAAAUGUUCAGGGAGGUGAGCCUCCAUCUGCUACUGAGAAAUUGACUGCAGGCACAGUGAUUAAUCUGCUCUUUGAUUCCUGUACAAUCUCUGAAGAUUUAGGCAUUGAUGUAAAAGACACUACUGAGGAAAUGGAAUAUAACAUCCUUGUAAACUUUUUUAAAACUAUGGGAUAUUCCCAGGAAACUGUAGAAAAAGUUAUUAAGGAGCAGGGACCAUCUACAGAACCAUUAGUACUCCUAGAAGAAACUGAAAAAGAAAACAGAAAGUUCUAGGAAGAAAAAGAAGUCUUCCCUAGACAAAGUUCAUUUGUGUGUUUGGAGAUCACUGAAGCCAAAAGCAAGGUGAUUUGCAAUAGUCAAAACAAAUUUAAAAUGAAAUUUUCUCCAAAUAAAACAAAGGAUCACCUGCAACAAAACAUAAUAGAACAAUCUCAGUCACCUCUCAGAAUAGAAGAAAAACCAGGUACCUCAAACUGCAAAAUGAAAACUGCCAGUUUAGUUCCAACAGAACAAAGACAGAAAAAUUGGAAUUCUACCCAGAGCCAUAUUCCCCACAUAGAUAUAGAAAUGGAUGGCUCUUCACCUUCUGUUUCCCCUUUGAAGAAGCUCUUAAAUGACAAGGGAAUACUUACAGACAUGGAUUUUGUUGCCAGAGGAACACCAAGUCACCAGCCAAGAGUACCAAUUAUUCCUGAAAAUAUUUUGUAUCCAAAAACUGGGAUCACAGUUCCAAAGAAUAAUGUUAAUCUUAUAUGUGAAAGCCAGCUAGGAUGUUGCAACCCUUCCCAAGUCAAGCCAAAUUGCCAACCCCUCCCUCCAAUGCCUUUCUAUCCAUCUCAGCGACUCCCUUCAGUUACUAGCGUUAAGCUGGCAGGACAAUUCAAUCGUUGUAUUGAUUCCUCAGUUACUGGGGUUCAAAGAUUCUGGGAUACUCUAAAAACACCAUACAGGCUGGAAUUAAAAAAUGAACCAGGGAGAUCAGAUUUAAGGCACAUUGUUAUUGAUGGGAGCAAUGUUGCAAUUGCUCAUGGUCUCAAUAAGUUCUUUUCCUGUCGGGGGAUUGCAAUAGCCAUUGAAUAUUUUUGGAAACUUGGCAACAGAAAAUUUGUUCCUCAAUGGAGAACAAGACGUGAUCCUAACAUCACAGAGCAGCAUUUCUUGACCCAGCUCCAGGACCUUGGAAUAUUAUCUUUAACCCCAGCCCGAAUGGUCUUUGGAGCAAGAAUUGCUUCUCAUGAUGACAGGUUUCUGUUGCACCUAGCUGACAAAACUAGUGGCAUAAUUGUAACCAAUGAUAACUUCAGAGAAUUUGAGACUGAAUCAGUAUCUUGGAGAGAAACUAUUUAAAAAAGGUUGCUUCAGUAUACAUUUGUUGGGGACAUAUUUAUGGUUCCUGAUGAUCCUCUGGGAAGAAGUGGACCUAGAUUAGAGGAGUUUCUUCGUAAAGAAGUCUGCUUUGGGGAUUUUCCACCUCCACUGGGAGCUCUACCAAGUGAAGGACUACAUGAAACUGCCUUCAGGGUCCCCAACACCAAGGCACCCAGCACCAGCCGACAACCCACACCCCCGAUUCAGGGCAUUCUUCCAAGCAACUGGAUUGCCCAGCAUCCCAACCUCCCGAUCCUACAAAAUCUAGCCAAUAUUCAACCAAGCCUGACAAUUCCACCACAGAGAUCCCCAUCAGAAACCAAACAGCUGAGGGAAGCCCUCCUGAAGGUAUACCCAGAGUCAGAACAAAGAAUGAAAAUUGAUCAGAUCCUGACAGCACAUCCAUAUAUGAGAGACCUGAAUGCACUGUCAGCCAUGAUAUUGGAUUAAGGGUACAGUGGGGAAGUUUGUUAACCACAGCUGAUCGAUUAAAACUUCAUGUAGCAUCUGCACAUGUUGGGAAUUGAAAAAAUGUGAAGAAAUCAAUUUGCCAAUAUAAAUCCUAUUUGAACAAAACAGAAUCAAAUGUUUUGUGUAUAAAAGAUGUUUUCAAAAC